CUUCUAUCCUAGGAUACUUGCAAUACUUAGUUUGACAUGAUGUACAACACUUCUGUAACUUCUGUCAGACUAAAAACUGUGUUAGAUACAUUGUAGUUUCGACGUGUUUUAUGUCCAUUUUGAACUUUAAGAAGUUAACUCUGACGUGUUGUUUGCAAAUGUAUCCACAGAACAUCUGUCACGUAAAAUGUGGGACCAGCUACUAUAAGAUGACAUCAAAUUCUCCAAACCAAUCAAUGACAAAAACAAGACUGAAAUAAUAGAAAAGCAACUGAUUGAAGUUCUUAAGAGAAUGAAAAAUGAUACUUUUUGGCAGAUAAAAACAACAGGAUCAAUAAUACCGCGAUUAUAUGGUCUGCCUAAAUUACACAAACCUGGUCUACCUCUCAGACCAAUUCUGGAUAUGUCCGGAUCCCCUUACCACUCAAUAGCAGAGUGGCUGGCGGAUCUCCUAGAACCCGUGAGAAAACGCAUUUGUAGACACUCCACAUGUGAUACUUUCGAAUUUAUUGAACACAUAAAAGAAGUGAAUGUAAAUGACAAAAUUAUGCUAUCUCUGCAUGUCGAAUCACUAUUCAUUAAUGUGCCACUCACAGAGACUAUCAGUUUUAUCUGCAAUUAUGUAAAUAAUAAUGAAAUUAAAAUCAGAACACCGUUUAUUUGAAGGAACUACUACUACGUUUCACUUGCAAUGUACAGUUUACAUUCAACAACGUGAUUCAUAGAAAAAAAGGAUGGCAUAACAAUGGGAUCCCCUCUUCAUCCAUUGCUAGCAGAUUACUUCAUGG